AUGUCGUCCCAAAAUCUUUACGUGGCUACUUGUAAGGACCGCGGCACUGGUGGUGCUCGUCACUGGAUCCUUAUCAUGGCUGAAGAGGGCUAUUUACAAGCAACUUGGUACCAUUCGACUGGUGGGCCAACCCAAGGUAAGCCUUACAGUGCUGUGAUCGAAAACAAGCGAUUCAGAAGCCAUGGAAUUGAGAAGUGCGACUUCAUUGGCCAGAUCUCUUCCAAGGACAAAAAUAAGAUCAAGUCUGCUGCCCAGAGAACUCCUGCACGUUUCUGUCAGAGGUGGGUCGUCAAUGUUCUUGGGGCCCUUGAGAAACGAGGUAUCGUUCCUGAGGGGACUUGGUCUGAUUGGUUAGCUGCCAUGGAGGUCGAUCCCUACUCCGAAGAUGGCGCUCCGGUUUGCGAAUCAAGCAGUGACGAUGAUGGCUCUGAUUUCAGCUCCAUUAACAGUUCCUUCUCUGAGGAUUUCAAGAACUAA